AUGCCACCAGCCUCGAGAGGAUGGACAAGAAGGGUUCAAGGCCUUUUAGAUGUUGUAAUCAACCGAAGUAGAUUCACCUCGACGUCAUCGAUCGUACCAGCGAUUAAGCUUCGAAAUUAUCAAGAAGAAUGUAUCCAGGCAGUUCUCUCUUCCCUUGAAAAAGGCCACAAACGCCUUGGAGUAUCACUAGCGACUGGAGCAGGCAAGACGGUCAUUUUCACGCAGCUGAUCGAUCGAAUAAAACCUCGGGGAACUGCGGAUCAGACAUUGAUUUUGGCACACCGGCAAGAACUAGUAGAACAGGCUGCUAGACAUUGCUCAAAUGCUUACCCUACGAAAACGGUUGAGAUUGAAAUGGGCUCAAUGCAUGCUACUGGACUGGCAGAUAUUACAGUUGCAAGCGUCCAAAGUUUAACGUCUGGAAUCCGUAUACAAAAAUUUGACCCAAGUCGAUUUAAGCUUUUCCUUGUCGAUGAGGCACAUCAUAUUGCUGCGCCUGGAUAUAUGAAGGCGCUUGACCAUUUUGGAUUAAAAAAUAUGAUAUCAGAUGCGCCAGCUCUUGUCGGCGUUUCUGCGACGUUAUCACGAUUUGAUGGACUUCAAUUAGCAAGCGCAAUUGAUCAGAUCGUCUAUCACAAAGAUUAUAUUGACAUGAUUGGUGAAAAAUGGCUUUCAUCAGUCAUCUUUACCACAGUGACUAUUCCAGCUGAUAUUUCGACAGUAAAGUCAGGCGCUAGUGGCGACUACAAGACGGGGGAGCUCUCCAAGAUUAUCAAUACUGAUGCGAUUAACGAUACUACAGUUCGCACCUGGCUUACAAAAUCGAAGAACAGAAAAUCUACCCUAGUAUUCUGCGUCGACGUUGAACAUAUUCUUGGACUCACAAACACUUUCCGCAAGUAUGGCAUUGAUGCUCGUUUUAUUACCGGUGAAACACCUAAAGCUGAGCGCAGCAUUAGACUUGAUAGCUUUAAAAAAGGCGAAUUUCCAGUGCUAGUCAACUGCGGCGUGUUUACAGAGGGUACAGACAUCCCUAAUAUUGACUGCGUACUACUGGUAAGGCCGACAAAAUCUCGAAAUUUAUUAGUUCAGAUGAUAGGUCGGGGUAUGAGACUAUAUCCUUCAAAAGAGAAUUGUCAUAUCAUCGAUAUGGUAGCCAAUCUCAGUAGAGGUGUUAUUUCAACGCCCACAUUGUUUGGUCUUGACCCCAAAGAGGUAUUAUCUGAGGCGGGUCCUGAGGAUAUGAAGGUGAUGCUUAAUAAGGUAAUAGUCGCUCUUCCAACCCCUCCUGAAGGAGUGAAGGUCAAGUUUAAAGAUUAUUCGUCCAUUUUCGACCUGAUCAGUGACACAACUGAAGAACAACAUAUAAGACAAUUAUCAUCAAACGCUUGGGUAUGUACAGGAAAGGAUUGUUAUGUGUUGGAAGGAACUGAAUCAACUUUUCUGAAACUUGAGAAAGUUUCAAAGCAAGAUCAGGAAAAAGAUCAGUAUCAUGUUAACCAAGUCAGGAAAAUGAUACGUAUUGGCAAUAACAUUAUAAGACGAAAAGAUCAGCGAACAAUUGCUAUCACUGAUGAUUUCCAGAAUGCAGUGCACGCUGCCGAUACAUAUGCGAAUAAAAAAUUUCCUCGACAAAUCAUUAACAGGUUUCAGGAUUGGAGGAACAACCCUGCUUCCCAAGCUCAGAUUGAAUUUAUAAAUAAAGUUAGGGUAAACGAAGAACCAUUGACAAUCAGUAGCUGUACAAAAGGAAAAGCUAUGGAAAUGAUCUCAAAGAUUAAACAUGGUGCGGGUAAAAGACUUAAGAAUUUUCAAGCAGAGCAUAAAAGAGAGGUCAAGGCAGCUCAGAAACUUGAACGCGAAGGAGCCUUAUUAAAAAGUCAAAAAGUCACUGUUGGACCUCUUGUCCGAUAG